UCAUGAGUCCUAAAUCUAAUCAAGCUCACGCUAUCCAUUUCCCUCCUAUACGCAAAAGGAAAACUUAUCAUCAAUGCAUCCUUUAGUCCUUCACUCUCUCCCGCCAGCGCCAAUUGAUUCUUCUUUUCCUCCCACACCCAAACCUUACUCUACACUUUCGCCACUCCCCCACAACAGCUUCGCCACCAUAAUCCGAGAAGUUAAAACGGCCAAGUUGCAUGGUUUUGCAGCUUCAGCAUCACCCUCUACCCCAAAAACCAAAACCCAGAAGCAGGACGAUGAUUAUCACACCACUCUUAAAGCCCUCAAUUCCAAGGGUCGCUUUCCCCGCAGAUCCCUUGGCCAACAUUAUAUGUUGAAUGGUUCGAUAAAUGAGCAGUUAGUCGGUGCAGCUGAUGUCAAAGAAGGGGACGUAGUGCUUGAGAUCGGGCCCGGGACUGGUUCACUUACCAAUGUCCUCGUUAAUGUUGGAGCCACUGUUCUUGCUAUUGAGAAGGACCCAUAUAUGGCAGCACUUGUGAGGGAACGUUUUGCUAAUACAAAUCGGGUGAAGGUUUUGCAGGAAGAUUUUACAAGAUGUCAUAUACGCUCUCACAUGUCACUGAUUAUGGAAGGUAGAAGUUUUGUGGAGUCACAACGUGCAAAGGUAGUUGCCAAUAUACCUUUCAAUAUAAGUACAGAUGUGGUAAAACAACUUCUUCCAAUGGGUGACAUGUUCUCAGAAGUUGUCCUUCUACUCCAGGAGGAAGCAGCAUUGCGUUUGGUGGAUCCAUCCUUGAGGUCCUCAGAAUAUCGACCUAUAAACAUUUUUGUGAACUUUUAUUCAGAUCCUGAGUACAAAUUUAAGGUCCCAAGGACAAAUUUCUUCCCGCAGCCAAAGGUGGAUGCAGCAGUUGUUGCCUUCAGGCUGAAGCAAGCUUUGGACUAUCCGCGAGUUUCAUCCACAAAAAGCUUUUUCUCAAUGGUGAACUCAGCAUUCAAUGGAAAGCGUAAAAUGCUGAGAAAAACACUGCAGCACAUCUGCCCUCCCACCGAGAUAGAAGCAGCUCUGAGUGAAGUUGGUUUUCAAACCACGUCAAGACCAGAGGAGCUUGCUUUGGAGGAUUUUGUAAAAUUGCACAACCUGAUUUCAAAACCAUAGGUAUUUUGGGUGUCAUUUGAAUAAUGGCCUCGUGGGAGAAUCCAUCAUUGCCAAACUGGAUAUAUCAGGACAGUAUUUCAAGGAACCCCAAGAUUGCCAACCCGGACAAUGUUAGAUCUGCUCUUCACUUUUUGUUUCUGGUGGGGCUAAUCAGUUUAGGCCAGAUCACAAGCUAGAUUGUUGAGCCACCCUGUUGAGUUUGCCUCUUCACAGGAUGGGUAGGAGUUCAUAUUUCCUGCCUACGCUGUUGAAACAAGGAGUUUCUGAUUAUCAUUCUCAUUUGUCGAUUAUAUAUAACACGGGUUAAAUAAAUGUAGGCAAGAGAAGUGUAACAAUAUCAAGUGUGUGUGUGUGUGUGUGUUUUUGGCACUGGAUGGUGCUAAAAUGUUGACCAAUGAUAGCUCAUGUUUAACAGAACUACACAAGGUAUCAUUACCCUUUUUUAUGCACAGCAAUCACUGUAAAUUAUAAUGCUAUAAUGACUCCUGGUUCCUUUCCAAUGUAUGUAUAUACACUGAAGGAUGAAUUUGGCAGGCUAA